AUGGACAACCAGAGUGUCACUCUUGAUCCGGAUCUGACCCUCGACGAUAGCACAUAUGGUUAUGGCUCUGAAGAUUGGGAGUCACAGACAGAUUCGAUUAGGUCUUCGAUUUAUAGGGGGUUAAUGGAAAAUGGCAGGAGGUACCAAACACUACGGGUAGAGGAGUACUUUAUCCCAUCUGAUGAUCAACAAUUUGAAAGUUACGAAGCUGGGCACCAAGUUGCCCUUGCUAUGCACUCAGAUAAGGCGAAUCCGCUCUUUCUCUCGCCAAUCCGCAGUUGUUCGAUGCAUAUCCUGGAUAUUGGAACCGGUAAUGGUACUUGGGCCAUAAAUGUUGCUGACAUGUUCCCGAGCGCCGUUGUUCGAGGUGUCGACCUUUUCCCACCUCCUGCCGCCUGGGUACCGCCGAACUGUAUUCUGGAGGUUGACGAUGUGCUGCAGGAAUGGACAUGGCGUAAGAAGUUCGAUCUGAUUCAUAUGCGUCAUAUGUCUGGAUCAUUUAGCCGUCAAGAGUGGGAUCUGGUCUAUAAGCGGUGUUAUGACAACCUGAGGUCUGGUGGGUGGAUCGAACAAGUGGAAAUGAGCUUCGUUGUCCAGUCUGAUGACGGCAGUCUCUCACCCGGUAGUACUUUGUCCCACUUAGGUCCAAACAUUAUUUGGUGCGGAGCACACGCAGACCGGCCGUGUGAUAUCGCCGAUACCAUUUCUAGCAGCAUCCGGAAAGCUGGGUUUGUCAAUGUGCAUGAGAAGAUUUACAAGUGGCCGAUUGGGCCAUGGCCCAAAGACAAACAGUUAAAGGAGGCUGGCGCAGUCAAUUUCCAACACUGGGUAGCCGGUAUGGAGGGAUGGUUUAUGUGGCUCCUCACAAGGUUUGGUGAGCCGCAGCCGUGGAGCAAGGAGGAAGUCUAUGUGUAUGUAGCUCAGCUACGGAAGGAGCUCCAGAGCCCCUACCACCAUGUUUGGCACAGGGUACGAAGGGUUUGGGCGCAAAAGCCUGCGACCGUGAUGACAGAACUUUGA